UCCCGGAAGCGGUUGGAGCAGCAGCAGUAGCAGCAGGAGAAGAAGAAGAGGCGGCCAUGCUGUCGGCUCUGCUGCGGGAGCACCAGGCGGGCCAGGCGGCGCGCAGAGAGGCGCAGGAGCAUAGAAAAAAAGAGGCUGUGGCAGCAGCUAUGCGUGUUGCGGAUGCUAUGGUUGAUCAGCUUAAUGUUGGAGUGGCCCAGGCGUACCAGAACCAGCGGCGUCUCGAUGCCGAGGCCAAGACGCUGCAGGUGCAGGCGGCGCAGUUUGCCAAGCAGACGGUGCAAUGGCUGAACAUGGUGGAGAAUUUCAACCAAGCUCUCAAAGAGAUUGGAGACGUGGAGAACUGGGCGAGGAGCAUUGAGAUGGACAUGAGGACCAUCGCCACCGCACUGGAGUACGCCUACAAGGGCUCAACUCCGGCCGUGCCGUAACCAUUCAUUUCAUCGUAGGCUGAUGCUAAUCGUCAGGUGGUUCCUGGUCUGUUUAUAAAUACUGAGCUGCUGCAGCAUAGCCACGCAUUGGAUUGUAAUGUCAAAAUACACUCGGAUACUUUUUUUGUACGAUCAUAUUUAUUUGUAACAUCCGUGAGGUGAAGCUGGUGGUUAUAUAGUUGUUAUUGGAGAUGUAAUCAAGACAGAUAGUAUAAAUGCAGUGCGAUGAUGCUCAAUUGGCUGCUCCAAAUCUGGCAUGUAUAUCUAAAUACUUGGAACAACUUAAAAAAAAAGUGGUCUCAGACACUGUAUGAAAGGCCUGGUUGGCAUGGCAUUCCUUUUCCCAACAUAAAUUAAGUUUUGCCCGUUUGCUAAUGCGGAUGAUAUCUUGCAUAUAAGCACUUGGCUAAAUUAAAAUACGAUUUGAGACUAGCAUCUGUGUCGAAGUAAUGCUUGCGGUAAAAAAGCUAUGUUGUACAUGCAUUAGUGAUAUUGAGCUUUGCCACACCCUGGAUAACCUCACAAAUAUAUAAGGUCAUUGAUACAGCAGACCAAUGUGUGUGACUGUCCUUCACAUGUCUGUCAAUUGCGUCUCAUAAAUCUACUUCUAAUUAGCUAAAUGCCAUGUGAACUUGCGGCGAUAUUACGUAUGCCUAUAAAAUGAUUUCACGUUUGCUAUGUGAUUGUGACGUAUGUGUAAAUGCAGUCUUGAUUUAUGGUGCCAUACGGAGUAGCAGCGUCUGGGCAUUGAGUGUUCUGUGCCACUUGAAUUGUCAGUCUGCACAGUAGGCGCUAAGUCCCCACUACACACACGAGCCUGUGGCUGUGAUUUUGUGAAUCGGUAACAUCAUAUGGGCUCAAUUUCGAUUUAAAGCUUUCAUGACUGCAGGAAUUCAUAUUCUUGGUUUUUUCGGCAAAGUGACAUAGAAGGGAAAUAAUAAAAUAAUAAAAAUUAAACAUAAUAAAAUAAUUCUCACGACGUUGUGGCCACAACGCUGUCUUCCCGACAGACCUGUUCUUCACCUGAGGACGGCUGCUUGCGUUGUGGCCGAAACGUCGUGAGAAUUAUUUUAUUAUGUUUUAUUUUUAUUAUUUUAUUAUGUUUUAUUUUUAAUAUUUUAUUAUUUCCCUUCUGCGUGACUUUACCGAAAGAACCAAGAAGAUGAAUCCCUGCAGUCAUGAAAGCUUUAAAUCGAAAUGCAGGUAUUCAUAUUAUUGGUUUUUUCAGUAAAGUCACGUAGAAAGGAAAUAAUACAAUUAUAAUAAUUUUCUUGCUGUGGUUUUCACACCUGAUGAUGAUUGCUUGUGUUGCAAUCGAAACGUCGUUAUAAUUUAUAGUUUUAUUUUUAUUAUUUUAUUAUUUCCCUUCUACGUGACUUUACCGAAAGAACCAAGAAUAUCAUGGGCUCUUUUCAACAUCUCAUGGUGCAGUGGAUGCUUUUUUGUAACAUAUGUACAAUAUUAUAAUAAA